AUGCUUUUGUUCUUGAGGCAAGAUCUACAGCUGGAAGGGGGUGCCUUGGGGUCUUGGGGCAGUGCCCCCCGGGCCAGGGGACCAGCAUCUUCAGGCAGGAAAUACUCAGACCACUGUGAGGCCCGGGCCUCAAGGCCUGGUAAGAGCCGCAUCCCUGGCCGCGACCACCGGCGCUACUACCACGACCACUGGCGGCUGGAGUAUCUGAUGGACUUCAACCCCGCACGGCACGGCAUGGUGUGCAUGGUGUGCGGGAGCUCCCUGGCCACCCUCAAGCUCAGCACCAUCAAACGGCACAUCCGCCAAAAGCACCCCUACUCCCUGCACUGGAGUCCCCGGGAGAAGGAAGUCAUCAGCAACAGCUGGGAUGCCCACCUGGGGCUGGGGGCCUGUGGAGAGGCCGAGGGCCUGGGAGCCCAGGGGGCCGAGGAGGAGGAGGAAGAGGAAGAGGAAGAGGAGGAAGAGGGGCCCGGCCUCCCAGCUUGCCAGCCCAAGGGCCCAGGCAAAGGCCCAGCUGGUGGGGGCGGCCGGCGCCAGCGGCGAGGGGGUCCAGUGGCACCCCGGGCUCGGCGUCGCGCCUCCCGGAGGGCUGGGGGCAGCAGGGGGCUGGGGGCCCGGCGCCUGGAGCGGAGGCUGAAGGAGUCCCUGCAGAACUGGUUCCGGGCCGAGUGUCUCAUGGACUAUGACCCGCGGGGGAACCGGCUGGUGUGCAUGGCCUGUGGCCGGGCACUGCCCAGCCUGCACCUGGACGACAUCCGUGCCCACGUGCUGGAGGUGCACCCCAGCUCCCUGGGGCUCCGCGGUCCCCAGCGCAGCGCCCUGCUGCAGGCCUGGGGAGGUCAGGUCGAGGUGCUGCCCGAGUUCACCCAGCCCCCACCAGACGACAACCUCAUCCCCCAGGACCUGACCAGAAAGAGCCAGGACUCGGCCCCCGCUGCCAGAGCCCCCUCCUCUCAGGAUCUCAGCCCCCCAGACGUGAAGGAAGAGGCUGGCUGGGACCCUGAGAGUCCCGGGCCCGCAGAGGAGGAGGAGGAGGAGGAGGAGCCGCCGCCCCGCAGCCGAGAGCAGCGGCGGAACUACCAGCCGCGCUGGCGGGGCGAGUACCUGAUGGACUACGACGGCAGCCGGCGCGGCCUGGUGUGCAUGGUGUGCGGCGGCGCGCUGGCCACGCUCAAGGUGAGCACCAUCAAGCGGCACAUCCUGCAGGUGCACCCCUUCUCCAUGGACUUCACGCCCGAGGAGCGCCAGACCAUUCUGGAGGCCUACGAGGAGGCGGCGCUGCGCUGCUACGGCCACGAGGGCUUCGGGCCGCCCGCCCCCGCGCCGCGCGACAGCGGCGCCGACCUCAAGCCGGGCGCCGUGUGCCGGGCGUAG